CAUGGAACCUGUCAACAAGCCCGGAAAACGGAGACGUGGAAGAUGUAAAAAAGGGAAACAGUCCCAUUAUGAUGCGCUGAGCAGGCAGAUGUUCCCAGCUGUGGCUCCUGGGAACCCGGAGAAGUGUGAUUUAAAUGAGAACCAGCUCUCCCUGCACCAACAGAGUCUGCCGCCGCUCCACGUGGCCUGCCUUUAUGGCGAGUUGGGUGAUGUUCAGCUCCUGGUGAAGUUCAGGCAACAGUGGAUCAACAGCAGUGAUUCCCAAGGUCGCCGGCCCCUCCACAUGGUCCUGUCCUACAAGAGCUUCCCCAGAACCUGCGCCUGUCUCAGAUACCUGCUGGAGCACGACGCCGACGUUAAUGCCACCACAGACUUGGGGCAGACCCCGUUGCACCUGGCCGCCUCUGAGGGCUUUCUCGACUGUGCAGAGAUCCUCGUGAAGGCCGGAGCAGAUGUUUUGGCCAAGGACAGCUUGGGGCAGACACCUCUGGACUUAGCCUGCAUCUGGUGCCACAGGAAGGUAGCGAGGUAUCUGAAGAGCUGUAUGUGGCAUGUGAAUAAAGAGAAAGAAAGAAAGGAGAGAGUGCUGGUUCAGGCCUUAUACACUGAUCUUGUGGGCAUGGCCAAACAGAAUAAUCUCACCAGAAAGACACUCACUGAUGAAAAGGUGGCUGAGUGGGCAAAGAAGAAAGGCGUGGCCCUCCUGAAGGAUUUCUCCCUCAGGGAGCAGGUGAGCAAGUAUCACACCAAGUGCUUCUUAGCAGAUCAGAGCAACUGUGAGUCAAAGCAUGCAAAGGCCCACUGUGAGGAGCAGCAGCCUGAAGGCAUUAAAGAGGACAGGAACACCCUUCCUAAGCCACCCUUCAAACCAUGGAGCAUCUUCACAGGCCUCCAGCCAAAGAAACCCCUCGCAGAACCCGACCUCCGUGACAGCGUCACCAUUUGGAGGGACAGCUCCAGCAGGCAACUUCAGUACACCACCAGGUGGGACAGCACGCCUCGCCCCGCUCCUAACCUGCCUCUGGAUGUCCUUGAGAGGGUGUUGUUUCCCAGAGCCUUCCCUUCCAGGAUCACCUGGCCACAGGACUUUGAGUCACAGAACAUGGUGGAGGUCAAGCAUCAAGGAUGCCCUCAGGAGCACAACACCUCCCCCUGGACAGAGGUGGCCAUGUGUCUGGUUGAGGUGCUGGAGUUUAGACAGUACUGACUUUCCCAGUCUUGGCUGAAGAGAUUUAACCUGAAACUGGGAACAGGCUCCGAAGAAAUGCAUUAAAAGCUUGAGUGUCACUAUGUUUAGAGUUUGUCAAAUAGCUUUUUCAAAUGGAAACAUUUGACAUCAACAUACGUGAAAAAACAUUUAGUGGAACUAUUAAGCUCAUUUUCAGCUUCAUAUUUUUUCAUUCUUGAACUCUACUAGGGUAGCUUUGCAUGACUCAUAGAUCAUAAUAAUCCUUAUACUAAACAUUAGUGCAGCACCUCAGAUCAUCAUGUCUGAAACAAGCCGUUCUCAGCUCCUCUCCAUUUAAGGACACCAUUCUUCUGAUUGGCAGCCCCUCGUCAGCAGAUUUAGACAGAACCAGAUGGAUGUAACUGAGAUGACUAGAUUAGGAAUAUCUGAUCCCAUUAACAUCACACUGAGGCAUGAGCAGAAAGAAAUUCUCUGAAACAUGAGCGUUUGCUCCAGGGGAUUACCUGUAUAUGUACUCAUAACUUGAAAGAUAUAAGGUCCCUUUUAAUAGUUUUUAAAUC